AUGAAUGAAAAUUUAGAAAAUUUUUCAACAAUUGAUUUGUUGAAUGAAUUAAAGAGGAGGUAUGCAUGUUUGAGUAAACCAGAUGGUAGAUAUAUUUUUUUAGGUGCCCCAGGAUCUGGAAAAGGAACACAAUCCCUGAACCUUAAGAAGUCUCAUUGUUACUGUCAUUUAUCAACAGGUGAUUUGUUAAGAGAAGCAGCUGAGAAAAAAACGGAACUUGGACUUAAGAUUAAGAACAUCAUAAAUGAAGGGAAAUUAGUUGAUGAUCAAAUGGUGUUAUCACUAGUAGAUGAGAAAUUAAAAACACCUCAAUGUAAAAAAGGAUUUAUUCUUGAUGGAUAUCCAAGAAAUGUAAAACAAGCUGAAGAUUUAAAUAAGCUACUACAAAAAAAUCAAACAAAAUUAGACGGUGUGUUUUAUUUUAAUGUACCUGAUGAAGUUUUAGUUAAUAGAAUUAGUGGUAGAUUAAUUCAUAAACCUUCCGGAAGAAUUUAUCAUAAAAUCUUUAAUCCUCCAAAAGUUCCAUUUAGAGAUGAUGUAACAAACGAACCAUUAAUACAAAGAGAAGAUGAUAAUGAAGAUGUUUUAAAAAAAAGACUAACGGUUUUUAAAAGUGAAACAUCACCUUUAAUAAGUUAUUAUAAAAAUAAAAAUUUACUUAUUAAUUUAGACGCAACACAACCAGCAAAUGAUUUGGAAAAAAAAAUCUCUCAACAUAUAGACGGUUAA